GCAAGGCUAUCCGCGCCCAACUGUAUUUGCGUGAUGGCUUGACGCUCGUAGAGAGGAGGUAAGAGGGAGACGACACCUGGUCACGGUCAGGACCAUCAGUCAAUGGAUGACAGCACAGCAUUCGGUCGCAACCGCAACUUGCGCCAAGAGAAAACACCACUUUUGGUCAACGUUUACCCUCGACCCUCGGGUAAACCAAGCAUUGUUUUUUAAUGUUGAUAAUAGGAACGGGGUGGCUAACGUCAUUUUUCUAGCUUCAGAUGUUCGUCCGCUCUUCACCUGGUGCUGAAGGGAUGUGUGGGUUGGAAGUAUUAGGACACAUCUAGCCCACCUCUGCUCAGAGAGAACACAUCUAGUCCACCUCUUCUCAGAGAGAACAUAGCGCUGUGUCUUCCACACACUGCCUGCCUGGGGAGACCAGCCACCACAUCCUCAGAGCAUUGGAUGCAGCUGGGUCAAAACCAGAGGAGAAGAGAGAAUGGCUUUCUGUGGUGCUGUGAUGAUGAGAGGAUAACGGGGCCAAGCACUGAGGGCCCUGAGGUGGACAGGCACAGUUGAAGCAGCAGGCCAGGGUUGAGCCAGGCAGGCAGUGGGCACCCACCGUCCAGGGACCAGGAUCCACCAUUUCUCGGGUGGUGUGGCCGGCGCGGAGGAGGGGCGCCGUUCGGAGGCUGGAGGCACUCUGGAUGAUGACCAGCCUGUUCCGCCGCCGCAACAGUGGUAACCAUGGUGAUGUGGCGUCACACAGCGACAGCCCAGUCCCAGCUGAACUCAACAACGGUAAUCCCAGUGGGGGUGGGCGAACGGUGCGGCGUCUGGAGUUCAACCAGGCUAUGGAGGACUUCAGGACUAUGUUCCCCAGCAUGGAGCAGGAGGUGAUAGAGUGUGUGCUGCGGGCCAACCACGGAGCCGUGGACUCCACUAUCGACCAGCUGCUCCAGAUGAGCCUGGAAGGACACGGCUCUGAUGACGGCUCCGACUCAGAGGACAGCAUCCCCCCUGAGAUCCUGGAGCGGACGUUGGAGCCGGACAGCUCUGACGAGGAGCCCCCGCCGGUCUACUCUCCGCCCUCCUAUGACAUGCACAUCUACGACAGGAAGUACCCAGAUCAGCCCCCUCCUGGUCCACACCCUCCUGCCAGUCAAAGGCAGAUUGGAAGUUACAGGAACUGGAACCCACCGUUACUAGGCAACCUCCCUGAUGAUUUCCUCCGGAUCCUGCCUCAGCAGCUAGACAGUCUGCCACGCUCUCACAGCAGCCUAACGCCGACUAGUCUGACCCAGCCCUCCUGCUCUUCCUCCCUGUUGUCCAUGACGCAGCAGGUUGAGCCUGGGGCGGUGGCCAGGGCAGGCCAGGUUGGCAUGGAGACGGACCAGGAGAGAAAGCUGAAGCAGUACUUGGAGGAUGAGCGCAUAGCCCUCUUCCUGCAGAACGAGGAGUUUAUGAGGGAGCUGCAGCGCAACCGCGAGUUCCUCAUCGCCCUUGAGAGAGAUCGGCUGCAGUAUGAGUCAAAGGCAUCCAAGUCCCAUCAUUCACCAGCUUUCAUGGGGACGUCCACUCCAGGAGAUAAUUGUGCCUCAGGUUCUGGGGAGGCCUGCACCAAUGUUACAGAUGACGCCUUGUUCCGUGACAAACUCAAGCACAUGGGCAAAUCUACGCGAAAGAAGCUUUUUGAAAUCGCUAGAGCUUUCUCUGAAAACACCCGAAGAAGAAAAACAAAAAGAAGGGCCCUCAUGAAACAUCAUUCACUGGGUAAUGCUGCCUCCACUUCCAACCUCUUGGAAGAUGAAGAAGCUGGACACCUGAGUGAGGAGGACAGCAUGCUCAAGAGACCAGGCCCUCAGGAAGAGGAGGUGCCCCAACAGGAAGUGUUAUCAUGAGUUGUCAUAUAGUUUUGUCUGUGACAAUGGAAGAACAAUAUGGCUCACACUAC